UUUCAGCCUAUUUAUACCCCAUCUCAUUAUUCAAUCCGCAUCUCUAUCAACAAGCUUCAUCAAUGGCCACAUCACCAGAAACAGAGCACCCAGUAAAGGCUUUUGGAUAUGCAGCUCGCGACACAUCUGGAACACUCUCCCCUCUCACUUUCUCCAGAAGAGCUACUGGGGAGAAAGAUGUGAGGUUCAAAGUUCUGUAUUGUGGAAUCUGCCAUUCCGAUCUUCACUUUAUCAAAAACGAAUGGGGAUUUACGACAUACCCAGUUACCCCAGGGCAUGAAAUUGUGGGUAUAGUGACGGAAGUUGGAAGCAAAGUGGAGAAAUUCAAAAUCGGAGACAAAGUUGGAGUUGGAUGCUUGGUGGGAUCUUGUAGAUCAUGCGAAAACUGUGAUAUUGAUUUCGAACAAUACUGUCCUAAACAAGUUCUCACUUAUGGUGUUCCCAACUUCGAUGGAACAAAGACAUAUGGUGGAUACUCCGAUCACAUGGUUUCAGAUGAACAUUUCGUUCUCCGAUGGCCGGAAAAUUUACCACUUGAUGCCGGUGCACCGCUGCUAUGUGCCGGAAUCACCACUUACAGCCCUCUCAGAUACUUCGGACUUGAUAAACCCGGGAUGAAAAUCGGUGUUGUUGGUCUUGGUGGACUUGGGCAUGUCGCUGUGAAGAUGGCGAAAGCUUUUGGUGCAGAAGUUACUGUUUUCAGCACGACUCCUGCUAAGAAGCAAGAAUCACUCGUAGGACUUAAAGCUGACCAUUUCAUAGUUAGCAAAGACGAAAAAGAGAUGCAAUCUGUCGCGGGAACACUUGAUGGGAUCAUUGAUACAGUGUCUGCAACUCAUCCAAUUGCGCCAUUGUUGAAUGCGCUGAAAGCUCAAGGAAAGCUUGUUCUUGUUGGUGCACCAGAGAAGCCGCUUGAAGUAGCAGCGUUUUCUUUGAUUAUGGGGAGGAAGAUUGUUGGUGGAAGUAACAUUGGAGGGUUGAAGGAGACUCAAGAGAUGCUUGAUUUUGCAGCGAAGCAUGGGAUCACUGCAGAUGUAGAGGUGAUACCGAUAGAUUAUGUGAACACAGCGAUGGAAAGGCUUUUGAAAUCUGAUGUAAGGUAUCGAUUUGUGAUCGAUGUGGCAAAUUCACUAAAGGCUGAAUAGUGUGAUUCUUUAUGUCCAUGUUGGAAAAUGGAAGGGAAUAUGGUUUGAGGUUAAGUUUGUGUGUAUGCAUGUGUCAUGUGUCAUGUGUCAUCUCGUUUUGGAGUUUGGAAUAAAUAUGUUUAUUGAAGAGGCUUAAAA